CCUAUAUGUUAUUCUUCUUUAACAUAUUUAUCUUCUAUAACAAGGCCCCUUCUUCUUUAUAUACGGAUCACCCACCAAAACUUCCACAAAAUCAACCAUGAAAUACAAUGAGCUUUCCCAUUUCAGCCAUCCUCAACAUCGGCUCAAACCAGGCUACACCGAGAUCCCAUUCAAGUGUGAUGGAUGCAAGGAAGUUGGUAUAGGUUCCUAUUACAAAUGCACAACAUGCAACUACGAUUUGCACGUGCAUUGUGCCCUCCCGUCUCCUUCCAUCACCCACCCUUUCUACACUAAAUGUUCGUUCCAGUUCCUUAUCCGUCCACCAGGUCCUAUAGCCAGAUACUGCAACGCAUGUGAGAAAGCAGUGUCAGGGUUUGUUUACCAUUGCAAGUUGUGCGGAUUCGACCUCCAUCCAUGUUGUGCCAAGCUUCCAACUAUGUUGGAUGAUGGGGAGGUGAAACUCUACCUUUAUAGAAAGGUAGGGUCCGCAUGCCACAAAUGUGGCAGGAAAGGACGCAGUUGGAGUUACAGGUCCACGUGCAAGAAGUACAACUUGCACGUGGCGUGUGUAAAAGAGAUGUUGGUGGAGAGUUGGCAUGAGAUAUAUUUUGGUAGGGGUGGGGUGAAGGGUAAUGUUAGUGGUGAUUUGUACGGACAAAAUGGGAAAUUUGAGACAAGAAUUCCAAGUUUGAAGGGUACAUUAGAAAGUUAUCAUCAGAAUCACCAAAGCAAAGGGAAAGUGAAGAAGUGUUGUGAAAUGGCUGGCUUGGCUAUGCAAUUUGUGAUAUCAGCGGUACUCGGUGAUCCCACCACUCUAAUUGCUGGCGUUGUUGGUUCUUUAAUGUCCAAAUAAAUUGGCGUUAAUAGAUAUCGGAUCUUAUAUGAGCAAGUCUUAUUAUGGGUAAAAUCUUGUCAUUUGUACAUACGUGAACUGUAUGCUUGUAAUUUUAAAUCAUGGUACAUUCAAUGAUAGACGAAAUAAAACAUAUUUAUUGAUUAUGAAGAUAAAAUUAUUAUGUAA